AAUUAACUAAAAACGUUACAUUAUUUUAUCGUUCGGAUUUGUAACCUCUUAACUCACGCUCCAUCAUGGUUUGCGAAUCAGGUGGCAAUUCAGUAAGUACCGUAAGUAACAACGAACAAAAUUUAGCGACGGCUGACAAUAAAGUUCUCUCAGCCUCCGCUACUGCGACAGACAGCGAGCUUUGCUCAGUUGUUGUACAGAUACUUCCAGGUCCUCCAAGUACCGGCGAAGAAUAUUGCAGAGAUAUUGAUGACGCGAUCGAAAACGGCUUGCAAUAUCAUAGAUUUUCGCAGGGAAAUGAUUCUCAAAAUAACAAUCCAAAAAGUUUCGAAGGGCCUAUUAUCUCAAAAUGCAAAACUAACAGCUAUAGCGAAGAUGCUGAGGAAACAAGCUCACUAAUGGUCGAAAACAGCAUUAAAAAUGACGAACGAGUAAAUUCUGCUCGGAGCGAUAAACUUUCCUCGAGCUCAAGUCACAAUUUACGCACUGACGACGAUGCUUCCAAACUAAAGACGAAAGAACCUCAGUUCAUACCUCCAGAUGGUGGGUAUGGCUGGGUCGUGGCGCUUGCUUCUUGCAUGGCUAACAUCUGGACCAUCGGGUUCCUGAAGAGCUACAGUGUGCUGUACCUCAGGAUCAUGAACGAGUUCGGAGACUCAGCGUACCGUGCAUCAUGGAUACAUGCAUUGCUAAACAUGUCUGGGCUGCUGCUGUGCCCGGUGACUGGUGUGUUAUGUGUCAAGUUUGGCUCCAGGAGGGUAGCCAUUGCCGGGGGACUUCUAGCCUUCUGUGGACUACUAUCAAGUGCCUUCGCCACAUCCGUCUCGACUCUUGUCUUCACGCUUGGUCUUCUUGUUGGUGUAGGAGUUGGUUGGAUCACGACUCCUGGCAUCCUGAUUGUCAACUUGUACUUUGACAAGCGCCGUACAAUCGCGUGUGCAAUUUGCGUGUCUGGAAGCGCCAUCGGAGGAUUCUUCAUGCCGAUGUUGCUGGAGUAUCUCUUGAGUGAAUAUGGACUGCGAGGAACUCUUCUGAUCAGCUCGGCUCUGGAACUCCAAUGCGUUGUUGCUGCGUGUCUCUUCAGACCCACAGACAUUCAGGCUCGUAUCCAGGAACAGGAUAGGAGAAGAGCCUUGCGUUCCGUCCGAAAAAGCUCGUCAUUGCCUUCGCCUGUUGCACAUCUUGAGAAAAAUCCAACGUGGUCGAAACUCGAAAAUUUCCUGCUGUCAAAUCACCAAGCAGCGCAAAAGAGCCCUAGUACUAUUGAUAUAUUGAAAAACGAACGCCGCAAACUUUUAGCGCGUCAGCUGUCCCCUUAUCGCAGCGCGUCUCUUUUGGUCAGUGUUCCAAAUUUGAAAGAAUUCACAAUUCCUUCAGAUAAUAAAAGAGAAUAUGAACUUGAAACUAAAAGGACUCGCACUGUGUCGGAGAUGGAACCAGUCUCUCAUCAUGCAGCGUCAGCUGAUCUGUUGAAAGCAGGCGGAAGAAAGCGCUUUUAUAGUGAAUGUCAGAGCCCCAAUGAUGACAAGGACUUUGACCUUUUGAAAAAUAAUUCGUCGCUGUCUUCAGUUGAUGAAUUUUCUUCCGGUUUUCUUUCACCCAAGGCUCCUACAUCUCUAGAGACAAAGGCAUCGCAUCACAAGAUUUCAUUAAGACAACUUGCGUUAAAACAGUCGUCUCCGAAAGUUGAUUCUCCGCCCUCACUUACAUCGAAUGGUAGUGCAGCUUCGAAUUUAAACGAGACAGGGGAGGAUACAAAUUUCAGUGUCGAAAAUCUCGAGUUUGGGAAUUGCUUUGUUGAACCUGAUGCCUCGCCAUCUGCAUUAGAAAAUUCUUUCAAGAAUCCCGGAAUCUCAAAAGUCAACGAUAGCUCAGAGAUGGACAAGAACAUCCAUCCAGAGCAUCAAGUGUUUCCUGAGAAGAAAAGAUCAUUGAGGAAUGAAUUAAAGUCAUUCGUGACGGCUGUAUGCGCGAGUUUUGACACCCAGGUUUUGCAUUCAAAGUCAAUGAUACUCAUGAGUAUUUCAUCAUUCUUUAUAAGCAUGGCUGCUCCAUUAGUUACAUAUUAUCUCCAUGCAUACUUCACGUCCAUUGGCAUGUCGACCGCUAAGGUGACUACUUUGUUGUCCAUUACUUCAGCGUCGGAUUUCUGCGGCCGCAUGUCCAUUGGGUUCCUCGCUGAUUACGGCUUCUUCAAGCUGUCACAUCUGAUAUUUCUGGUGACUUCGCUGGCAGCAGCGGGCACCAUGAGCGUGCCGUUGACAGCAUCGCUGGCAGGCGCGGCGUCAGCGAUGGGGUGCUACGGGUUCGGCCUGGGGGCGUACGUUGUGCUGGCGCCUGCCAUCCUCGCCAAGUACUACGGCUGCGAGAAGCUCCCUGCCACCUACGGCUUCACCAGACUUGCCAUGGGCUUCGCCAGUUUCAUCGCGCCUCAAGUCAACGGCGCCCUGAUAGACAGCACGGGAAGCUAUGUGCCGUCAUACUACUUGAUGGGCUCCUGCCUCCUCAUCUCAGCUGUCGUCGUGCUGCUAACCUCCCCUAUUGUCUCAGACACGCCCACCGCCGAUGAUUAAUUUCGGAAGCUGGAGAAUUCGUUGCUGGAUUUAUAGGUUUAUAAUGAUGUUGAAGUUUCAAUAGCAAUGAUAUAUGUUUGAAGUAAUUUAA